AUGAAGAGGGCUGGCGUUGUGGUUGAGAUUGCACCACUAGUCUCCACAGAGUGCCCAUUUCCUUCUGCGCACAAGCGAUUGAUUCGCCACAUGGAUUUAAGAAUAAUGCCCAUCCUUUCGGCAAUGUAUUUCUUCUCCGCUUUGGACAGAUCCAAUAUCGGAAACGCCAAAGUCGCAGGUAUGAACACUGAUAUUGGAAUCUCUGAUGCACAGUACUCGACAGCGGUCUCGAUAGUUUAUUCUACCUAUUUGCCCUUCAUGCUUCCAGGCGUUUUGCUGAUGAUGCGCUACUUCAACAACAAAAAACGCGAGUAUCUUGGUGCUUUUGGGGGUCUCAUUGGAACUGGAAUCACAAAGAUCAAUUCUGGGCUGGCUCCAUGGAGAUAUCUGUACUUGAUCGAAGGACUCUUGUCUUUUGCAGCGAGCUUUUGGAUGAUGUUCGGAAUGCCGAACAGUCCAGAAGAGGUCGCCAAUGGAGAAGAAGAAAUAAGAGUGCUUGAAUGGAGAAAUGAACAGCGGCGAUUAUUUAUGAUGAAUGAUGGUGACAAAAAGUCUGAAGCGUUUGCCGCGUUUUGUGACCCGAAAGUGUAUCUAUGUACGAUUAUCCAAUUUUGCCAAGAUAUCCUUAUGUACGGGUUUUCCACAUUCUUACCGUCGAUCUUACGGAGCGAUCUUGGGUACACUUCACUUCAAGCACAAUAUCUGACAGUACCCUGCUACAUGCUCUCUGGCAUCGUUUUUAUUCUUGCGGCCAGAAUAUCUGACAAGACAAGAAUAAGGGGACCGCUGAUCAUCUUCCUAGACAUGUUUGGGGUUGUUGGAUACGCACUCAUCCUUGGAAACACAAGCAGCGGUGUCAAGUACUUUGCGUGCUAUCUCAUAUGUAUGUGCUUGUACGUCCCAGGGUUGAACGAGGCCUGGUUGGCCACGAACCUGGCUCCAAGAUUCAAGAGGGCGAUCGGUCUGGGAAUAAAUCAGACUCUCGGAAAUAUCGCUGGCGUGGUGAGUGCCCAAAUCUACCGAGAGCCUCCAAAGUAUGUGUUGGCUCAGGGUUGAAUACGUUUCUACUGGUUCGUCGCAACAAAGCUAAUAUAAAAGCGUGCGAGACAGGCGUUGAUGCCCGUGGGCUCAAACGAGAGAUCGGC